AUGGAGCUCGAUUUUUUACUUGAUGCACAUGAUGAUGGGAAGCUUGGUGUUCAGAUGAAGUCUGAUGAGAAGGAGCUCAUGGGUAAGCCUUUGACGAAGCGUGUCAUGGAGACAUGGCUCCCCGCAAGUACUGCUCUACUAGAGAUGAUGAUCUUUGACCUUCCUUCUCCCCACAUCGCACAGAGGUAUCGUAUUGAGAACUUGUAUGAAGGUCCCCUCGAUGAUCAGUAUGCCACUGCUAUUAGAAACUGUGAUCCUAACGGUCCCCUUGAUGGAGCUCCUUGGCGUUGGUGA